AUGUCUAGAGUCGCAAAUAAUCGCGAUUGGGCCGACGAUGAGGAUCUUGAGGAUUCCAACGAACUCCCACAGUCAACGACUACUACCAACAAAGAUGGCACGCAAACGAUUGUAACAUGGCGAUUCAACGAUGAUGGAAAGAAGGUCAAGACUACACGCCGCAUCAGAUUCUCGAAAGUGAAGGAAAUUGUUAACCCAAGAGUCGCCGAGAGAAAGUCAUGGGGCAAGUUUGGGUUGUCCCAAAAGGAUGCCGCGGGGCCUGCUGCGGAUACAACCACUGUAGGAGAGAAUAUCAUAUUUCGACCAAGCACGAACUGGAAAAAGGAUGCCAAGGAGGAGGUUUCGGACGCCGGAGCUAUGAAGAAUAAGUUGGAGGGCAAGCAAGUCAAAUGUCGUAUUUGUAGCGGAGAGCAUUUCACAGCCAAGUGUCCCUUCAAGGGCACAAUGGCACCUUUGGGCGAGGAAGGAGCAGUCGAUGUUGCUGCUGGCCACGCCGAUACUCCAGAGGGUCCUGGAGGUCUUGGUACAGGCAAAUCCUCAUACGUACCACCUCAUCUUCGAAAUGGCGGUACCGCUGGCGGUGAAAGAAUGGGCGGUGGCAAGUUUGAGAGAGAUGAUCUGGCUACUCUGCGUGUCACAAACGUCUCAGAAAUGGCUGAGGAACAAGAACUUCGGGACAUGUUUGAGCGUUUCGGCAGAGUCACAAGAGUGUUUUUGGCGAAGGAUAGAGAGACUGGUUUGGCCAAGGGAUUUGCUUUCAUCAGUUUCCAAGAGAGAUCCGAGGCCGGGAAGGCGUGCGAAAAAAUGGAUGGUUAUGGUUUCAAGCAUCUGAUUUUACGAGUCGAGUUCGCGAAAAAGGCUACAUAG